CUGAUGCGGAGCAUGUGACCAACGGUCGCGGGAAGUCCUUUGCCACGCGCGUGAUGGGAAGAGCCGCCUAGUUCUUCUUGACUCAUUCAAACUUUUUUUCUGUCAACAUUGAUUUUGUUUUAUUGCGGAAAAACCUGUUUCUGUGUCCGCGAGACAUCGAGGAGUGACGGAUACCAAUACCCAACUUGACCGGGUAGUUUCUGUUUGUUUUUACUUUCUUCGGGACGGUGACUACUAGCUAGCCGACUCCAUUUCUCGCAGUUGGAGGGGCGUGUUGGAGUUAGCAAACAAGCUAACUUUUCCUGGGAUGCUAACGGACUUUUAAAGUAUUAACGGUCGCUUUCGAACACGUUUUUUUCCACUCGAUACCUUUACAUUAAGGUAGUUGGAAGUUCACUGUGUGUUUUGGCUACUUAAACAGUAGCGGGUGUUCAACCGGGGGAUUUUCCCGUCGACGUCGCCGGGGUUUAAAUCCUGAAAAGAAAAAUGUCGAGCUACACUCGCCAUCGAUCUCUGACUCCUAAAGCUGUGCCACUCCGACAGAAACUACAGUUUACCUCCAGCGAUGGGGAGGAUGAGUCCAUAGAGGACGUAAACAACAGCACCGGGGGGGAGUCCGGCUUCACGGAGAUGGAUUCCCCGAUGCCAGUGCGACGGGACACGGUGGAUAAGCGCCUGGAGGGAAGCAGCAGCCCCCUGAACCAGUCCUGCGGGGACGACGAGGUGGAGCUGUGGGACGAGGAGAGCUUCGGAUCCCCCUCUCACCUCCGGUCCCCGAACAGCGUGAUCUUCGCCCGCUGCUCCCCGUCUCCAAGGAAGUCCUCCCGGCUGUACGGAGGCUCCCCGGACCGGUCGUACGUGCAGGACGACGGGGAAGCGUCCAGCUCUCCGAUCCCCGACUGCCCCGACACACCUCCACACAAAACCUUCAGAAAACUCAGACUCUUUGACACUCCGCACACACCAAAGAGUUUGCUUUCCAAAGCCAGGAGCGCCGGGUCGGGGUCGUCCAGCCGGAGAGUCGCCCUGUUCAAGAAUGUGGAGCCUUCAGGAAAGUCUCUCUCCGACAGCAGCAAGAGACAGCAGACGCCCCUGGUCAACUUUAACCCUUUCACCCCCGACUCCCUGCUCAUACAGUCCGCCACACAGCAGAGGAACAGGAAGAGAGCGCACUGGAAUGACUCCUGUGGAGAAGACAUGGAGGCGAGCGACGGAGAGGGAGAGGAGGAAUUAUUGCCACCAUCAAAGAGGAUCACCAUGAUGGAGAGCAACAUGAUGUCUCGGUACGUCUCAGAGUUCCUGGAGCUGGAGAAGAUCGGCUGUGGAGAGUUCGGAGCCGUGUUCAAAUGUGUGAAGAGACUCGACGGCUGCAUCUACGCCAUCAAGAGAUCCAAGAAGCCUCUGGCAGGAUCAAUAGACGAACAGAACGCUCUGCGGGAAGUCUACGCUCACGCUGUUCUGGGUCAGCACCCCCACGUGGUUCGAUAUUACUCGGCCUGGGCAGAGGACGACCACAUGCUGAUCCAGAACGAGUACUGCAACGGAGGAACGCUGUCCGACGCCAUCUCGGACAACUACAGGAGGCUGAGCUACCUGACGGAGCUGGAGCUGAAGGAUCUGCUGCUGCAGGUCACACGGGGACUCAAAUACAUCCACUCCACCACGCUGGUGCACAUGGACAUCAAGCCCAGCAACAUCUUUAUUUCGCGGAAGACUGUGUCGAGCUGCGAUGACUGUGACGAUGAAGAGGGAAUGACCAGCGUCGUCUACAAAAUAGGUGAUCUCGGUCAUGUGACCCGAGUGAACAACCCUCAGGUGGAGGAAGGGGACAGCAGGUACCUCGCCAACGAAGUCUUACAAGAGGACUACAGUAAGUUGACGAAAGCGGACAUCUUUGCUCUGGCUCUGACCGUCGUCAGCGCGUCGGGAGCCGAGCCGCUUCCCACCAACGGAGACAAAUGGCACGAGAUCCGACAGGGAAAACUCCCCAACAUCCCACAAGUACUUUCUCCAGACUUCCUCAGUCUGCUAAAGCUGAUGAUCCACCCCGACACGAGCAGACGGCCCUCCACCUCGGAGCUCAUCAAACACCCGGUGCUGCUCACCGCCGCCAGGAUGAGCGCCGACCAGCUGAGAGUCGAGCUCAACGCCGAGAAGUUCAAGAACGCUCUGCUGCAGAAAGAGCUGAAGAAGGCUCAGCAGGCGCGAGCUGCAGCGGAAGAAAAAGUGUUAUCGGGCGACCGGAUCCUGACGCGCUCCACGGUGCAUCCGACGCCCCGAACCUCCAGACUCAUCGGAAAGAAAAUGAACCGCUCCGUCAGCCUCACCAUCUACUGAGCAGGGAGUCAGACACAAAGGCUCAUGGACCUUUUUGAAUCAGAAAUAAUUCAGAUGCAGCGCCAACGUAGCUCACUUGUUCCCGGGUUGGAAUCCAGCCCACGGACCGUCUGUCUUCUGCAGAAAAAUAUCAACUUUUUAGGGAGGAAGGACCUUGAUUGAGUGGAUCUGUCUCUUUUUAGUUUUCUUUCCAUGGAGACCUGUGUCAGCUGUAGAACUUGAUAAACCCUCAACAUAGUUCAGCAUUUCUUUCCCAAUAGACUUAGGAGAAAGGAAACAUUAUCCCUUAAAGGAAGCUACUUUACCUUUUCCACACUCUCAACCCUCUGCUGAGACUAAGUGAAAGCCUCAUGGACCUUUUUAAUCAGAUAUUGAGAUGCAGCUGGGUUUGAAUUUGACACACAGAAACUCAAGGUAGCUACUUUACCUUUUCCCCACUCAUUCCUUCCUCUAAUCGACGACAGGCUCUCUCUCCGUUUCUCUUUCCUUGCACAUCCCUCGAACAAGCCGAAGCGCCCGCUCUUCAGUGUGAAUGUACUUGUUUCCGUGCGCACCUUACUGCCUGUCGAACGCCUGAUGCUGAGGGUCUGAGGAUUUCUGUGUUUGUAAUGGAACACUUUGGAGGCAACAUCUGGAACACUUGCCACACUUUCUUUGUUUUAAAAAGAAUAAAAAAAUACUGCUGCUAUUGAUGUUUUGUGUGUAUCAGGGUUGGAUCGUUCUAGAGGUCAUUGGCUCUUAGUUUUGAAGUAGCCGUUUCGCCCCCAAUUUAAUGUAAUCGGAUGGAGAAUGGAUCAUGCCACGUGAGGAAGUUCAUCUACUUUGAGCUCACUCAUGAUCUGUGAUGUUAAAGUGUUUGUUUAUUGGUGCUUCCACCCUGCCCAUAGCAUUAGAACAAUCAUCGUCCUGUUCUCUACGUUCUCAUUUGUUCUGUUUUUACUUUCCUCACUGCUCGUCUUUAAUUACUGUUUAGAAAAGUAUUCCUCAUUGUUCUAACACAAAACAAUGUUUAUGUUGUAACCUUGUACAUAUGUUCUCUAAAUAAAUUCUCACCUUCUUCACUUUG